GCGAGCACGGCACUUUGCUACUUGCCAGUUUUUUUGAGUUUAGCUCGUUUGAUACGUGAAAUUGUCUGCUGUGAGAUCGAUUAUUAACGAAAUUCCAAGCGAGGAAGAUGGAAUCGAGUGAUUCAUUCGACUGUGCUGCGAGAGUGAAGGAGGAGCCUAUCGACGUGUUCAUUUUUGAAAAUCAUGGUGAAAUGAUUGACGAAAAACCCGAUGUUAAAAACAUCCAACUCUUCUCAUUUCCACGAGAAACUACAACCCAUAUCCUACGGAAGUGUGACAUUAAACUUGAAAGUGAACUUGACAACGAAGUGGAAAUAGUCGUAGAAUGCGAAGACGUCAAACCCAAUAGGAAUUUAUUAGUGAAACAAGAAAUCGCUGGUGUCGUUGCAGAAGAAUCAAACUUGAAUUUCGAGCUUGUUGAACAAAAUGACAAGGCUACGAAACAAAAUGAAAAUACCAACAAUGGUAACACUAGUGGAAAAAUGCUUGCACCAAAGUGUAUUCUCAAAAUCCAUAAUGAUGUCACACAUACAUGUAAUACAUGCAGAAAUACGUUUUCACAAACAAGUACUCUCAAACGCCAUGUCGAUUCAGUGCACAAUAAAGUCACUCACGCAUGUAGUAUUUAUGAAAAGACAUUUUCACAAAAAAGUAUUCUUAAAUCACACAUCCAUUCUGUGCAUAAUGGCGUUAGAUAUGUAUGUGAUAUGUGCAAAAAGAAAUUCUCAGCGAAGGGUAAUCUCAAGAAACACAUCGAUAAGGUGCAUAAUAAAAUCAUUCAUGAAUGUGAUAUUUGUGAAAUUACGUUCUCAGGCAAGAGUAAUCUCAAGAAACAUAUUGAUGUAGCGCACAAUGGUAUCAUCUAUAGCUGUAAGACAUGUGGUAAGACAUUUGCACGACCAGGUGUUCUCAAACGCCAUAUCAAUUCGGUACAUGACAAAAUCACUCCUGAAUGCAAUAUUUGCGGAAAGAAAUACUCAACCAAGAGUGACCUCAAAACACACAUCGAUGUGGCGCACAAUGGUAUCACCCAUAGAUGUAAGACAUGUGGUAAGACAUUUGCACGACUGUAUGUUCUCAAACGCCAUAUCAAUUCGGUACAUGACAAAAUCACUCAUGAAUGUGAUAUUUGCGGAAAGACAUACUCACAAAAGAGUGAACUCAAAAGACACAUUGAUGCAGCGCACAACGGUGUCACUCAUGCAUGUAGUAUUUGUGGAAAGACAUAUUCACAUAAGAUUACCCUCAAAAAUCACAUCGAUUUGGUGCAUAAUAAAAUCAUUCAUGAAUGUGAUAUUUGCGGAAAGAAAUACUCAAAUAAGAGUAAUCUCAAGAAACACAUCGAUGUAGCGCACAAUGGUGUUAGACAUGAGUGUAAUAUUUGCGGAAAGACAUUUUCAAAAAAAAGUAGUCUUAAAACACACAUUGAUGCACACAAUGGUAUGGCCCCUAUUUGUAAGACAUGUGGUAAGACAUUUGCACGACUGGAUGUUUUGAAACGCCAUAUGAAUUCGGUACAUGACAAAGUCACUCAUGAAUGUGAUAUUUGCGGGAAGAAGUACGUACAGAAGGGUGAUCUCAAAAAUCACAUCGAUGUGGCGCACAAUGGUAGCACGCAUGCAUGUGAUACAUGCGAUAAGACAUUUGCACGAUUGUAUAUUCUCAAACGCCAUAUCAAUUCGGUACAUAAUAAAAUCAUUCAUGAAUGUCAUAUUUGCGGAAAGAAAUACUCAGAUAAGAGUGAUCUAAAAAAACACAUCGAUGUGGCGCACAAUGGUGUCACCCAUACUUGUGAUAUGUGCAAAAAGAGUUUCUCAGACAAGAGUAAUCUCAAGAAACACAUCGAUUCGGUGCACAAUGCGCAUGGUAUUGCCCCUAUUUGUAAGACAUGUGGUAAGACAUUUGCACGAUUAGAUGUUCUCAAACGCCACAUCGAUUCGGUACAUGAUAAAAUCAUUCAUGAAUGUGAUAUUUGCGGAAAGAAAUUCUUACAUAAGAGAAAUCUCAAAAAGCACAUUGAUUCGGUACAUGAUAAAGUAGUGUAAGACGAUCAGACGAUCGGGUGAUUUCAAAAGGCACUUCCAAUAAAUUCAUAAAGAACCAUCAUAAAUGUUCAUUGAUGGUAUUAGAACAUAUGCAGAAAGAAAUUUUCAAAUAAGGAUUUUAUAAAAAAAUACAUUGAUGCAGUGGAUGAUGGUAUCGGGUAUACAUGUGAUGUAUGUGGAAGGAAGUUCUCAACCUAAGGGUAAUUUCGUAGUCCAUAUGGAUAUAAUGCAUAAUUGCGUCGCACAUCCGACCGAUAAAUGCGGAAAGAAAUUUUCAGUCAAGAGUACUCUCAAAAUCCACAUA